GAGCGUGGAGGCCGGAUGGAGGCGCUAAAGAAGCGGGCUUCCGCUGGGCCUACAGCUCGUCUCACGGUAAGGAGAACGCCGGCCGCGGUGGGCACGGCCCAGGUCGUCUCGUUCUACUCGGUUCCGCACGGUGCUCUGAAAGAUGAGAACAGCACUUUUGAAGAAGCGUGUCCAUACUGUUUCCAGUUGUUGGUUCUGGAUAACUCUAGAGUACGUCUGAAACCCAAGACCAAAAUAACACCCAAAAUACAAAAGCUUCUUAAUCGAGAAGCAAGAAAUUAUACACUCAGUUUUAAAGAAGCAAAAAUUGUGAAAAAGUACAAAGAAUCCAAAAGCGUAUUGCUGAUUACUUGUAAAACAUGCAACAGGACAGUGAGACAUCAGGGUAAAAGUAGAAGCUUCCUGUCAGCACUGAAGAGCACUCCUGGCACUCCUGCAGAUAAACUCAGCCCAAAGACACCAAGGAGAAAGACUGCAGGUACCACAAACUUAAGGCAUGACAUGUCUGGUUCCAAAGGCAAGAGCCCGGCCUCGAUUCUCAGAACACCUAUAUCUGGGCAGUCAACACCCAUUUGCUCCUUAAGGACUGGGAGCAAAAGAAAGAAACACUUCUCCCAACUAAAAAUGUUGCUUAGUCAGAACGAAGCUGAAAAGAAUAUGAAGGUGGACUUCAGAAAUUUCUUAUCUUCUCUAUGAAGAGAGUGGACAUUAAAAAUAAGAAUUGUCGUGGUGGCGCACGCCUUUAAUCCCAGCACUUGGGAGGCUGAGGCAGGCGGAUCUCUGAGUUCAAGGCCAGCCUGGUCUACAUAGUGAGUUCCAGGACAGCUGGGGCUACAGGGAGACCCUGUCUCAAAAAGACAAAAAAGAAUUGUCUAGUGGAAUUUUUGAAACUAAGUAAACAGCUUUUUUCCUUGC